AUUCUGAUCUGUGACGAGUGCUGUAGCGUCCAUCGAAGUUUGGGGCGUCACAUCUCUCAAGUGAGACACCUCAAGCAUACGCCAUGGCCUCCCACACUGCUGCAGAUGGUUGAGACACUGUAUAAUAAUGGUGCUAACUCCAUAUGGGAACAUUCGUUGCUGGACCCUGCCUCUGUUAUGAGUGGAAGGCGCAAGGCUAGCCCGCAGGAUAAAGUGCAUCCCAAUAAAGCAGAAUUCAUUAGAGCUAAAUAUCAAAUGUUAGCAUUUGUUCAUCGCCUGCCAUGCCGUGAAGAUGACAGUGUUACUGCCAAAGAUCUCAGUAAGCAACUCCAUUCCAGUGUAAGGACAGGGAAUCUGGAGACGUGUUUGCGACUGCUCUCCUUGGGAGCUCAAGCCAACUUCUUUCAUCCUGAGAAAGGAAACACCCCACUCCACGUUGCUGCUAAGGCAGGACAGACUUUACAAGCAGAAUUAUUAGCAGUUUAUGGUGCUGAUCCCGGCACGCAAGAUUCCAAUGGAAAAACUCCAGUUGACUGUGCAAGACAAGGUGGCCAUCAUGACCUGGCAGAGCGCCUGGUGGAAAUUCAGUAUGAACUCACAGACAGGUUAGCUUUCUAUCUCUGUGGCAGGAAACCAGAGCAUAAAAAUGGACAGCACUUUGUUAUACCUCAGAUGGCAGACAGACGGCUUCUAGAUUUAUCAGAACUUGCCAAAGCAGCUAAGAAGAAGCUUCAGUCUCUAAGCAACCACUUAUUUGAAGAACUUGCCAUGGACGUGUACGAUGAAGUUGACAGGAGGGAAACAGAUGCAGUUUGGCUUGCUACUCAGAAUCAUAGCACUCUUGUGACAGAGACCACAGUUGUCCCUUUUCUUCCCGUAAAUCCUGAAUAUUCCUCAACUAGGAAUCAGGGAAGACAGAAGCUGGCUCGAUUCAAUGCCCAUGAAUUUGCUACGCUCGUUAUAGAUAUUUUAAGCGAUGCCAAACGGAGACAACAGGGGAAUCCUCUCACUGGUUCAAAAGAAAACGUGGAACUGAUACUCAAAUCAAUCAGCAAUCAACAUAGUAAUGAAAGUCAGGAUAAUGACCAGCCUGAUUAUGACAGCGUCGCUUCAGAUGAAGAUACAGAUCUGGAAACAAAUGCAGCUAAAUCAAACAGACAGAAGAGCCUGGAUUCAGACUUGUCAGAUGGACCAGUGACAGCCCAAGAAUAUAUGCAAGUUAAAAAUGCAUUGGUGGCUUCUGAGGUAAAGAUUCAGCAGUUAAUGAAAGUGAACAUCAACUUGAGCGAUGAGCUGAGAAUCAUGCAGAAAAAGCUUCAAACGCUACAGAGUGAAAAUACCAACCUCAGAAGACAGGCCACAACCAAUAUAUAUCAGGUCCAAAGUGGUUCUGAAUACACAGACCCCACCAACAAUUCUUCUUUAAAGCGGCGACCGUCUGCGCGGGGUAGCAGACCCAUGUCCAUGUAUGAGACUGGAUCGGGUCAGAAACCCUACCUCCCCAUGGGAGAGGUCACGUACCCAGAAGAAAGCAUAACAAGACUGCAGCCUUUCCCUCCACAUAUCGGGAGGAGUGCGUUUGUGACCUCCUCUUCAUCUCUACCUUCCUUCCCCUCCACGCUUUCCUGGUCAAGGGAUGAAAGCACACGAAGGGCCUCAAAGCUGGAGAAGCAGAGCAGCGUGUCCGAGAGUGACUAUGAUAACCCCACCGCCCCCCCGGAGCUGGAGGAGACAGGGUCAGGCAGGAAGGGCCGGCAGAGGAGCGUCAUCUGGCAGGGGGAGGGAUCCAUCCCUGAAGACGCAGACACAGCCCCCAGCUCCAGUUUGCCCAGUACAGAAGACGUGAUUCGGAAAACUGAGCAGAUCACUAAGAACAUCCAGGAGCUGCUGCGAGCAGCACAAGAGAACAAGCAUGACAGCUAUAUACCAUGCUCCGAGAGAAUACAUGUGGCGGUAACAGAAAUGGCAGCCUUGUUCCCAAAAAAACCCAAAUCCGAACUGGUAAGGACUUCUUUGCGCCUGCUGACAUCUAGUGCCUACAGACUCCAAUGCGAGUGCAAAAAGACCCUCCCGGGGGAGCCCUGCCCCGCGCCCGACAUCCAGCUGGUCACCCAGCAGGUCAUCCAGUGCGCCUACGACAUCGCCAAGGCCGCCAAACAGCUGGUUACCAUCACAACCAAAGAGAACAACAACUGAGUCACACUUGGCUUUUCAGGCUUGUUUUUUAAGGGUUGGAUUUCAAAUAGAGGUGUGGAACUAUUGAGGGUUUUUUAAUGAGGAAAAACUAAAGGGUCAAGGAACAUUUUUUUUUUUAAACUCAGUAUUAUUUUUGCAUGUUUUCUAACAAUUUUAUGGUUAAUUUAACCCACUGCCUUAUUUUGUGCCUGUGUUGCCAGUUUAGUUACAGACCAUAGCAUGUUGCAGAUAGCUGUCGAGCCGAUACCGCGUCCCAGCGUCGUGUCAAGCUCUUGCUGGCUCUUUCCUUGGGGGCCGCGUGCCGCUUUCAGGUAGCACUUUGCAAAAGUUGGCACGUACCAGAGGGCAGGACCUCGCCCCUCCUCUGGCCAGCCCGGAGCCUCGUGUGCCGUGGGGCCACCGACCCGGCCACCCGCAGCACAGCGGGCUCCGAAGGCUCCAGGACUGUAACCCCUACCCAGCAGGAAGAAGGUGGUUGCCCUGGUAACGGAGUACAAGCCAAAUAUUCUCUGUUCCCGUAUCGACUGUUGUGCAAUAACGCGUUUUUAGUCUGCUGAAACAGUAGUAGUUGUGGGCAUCCGAGCUUAUUACACGUAACUAUACAAGGUCUUUGUCACUUUACCCAUUUUGGAAGGAAUUUGAAACUUAAUAGUUCUUUCUUUUAGUUGUCACUAUGCCGUUAAUAUACGUUUUGAUGUUACUUUAGGGCAUUAGUGGUUAAAAUACUAUCCCUUGUUUCUGAGUUAAUAAUUCAUUCUUAAGUUUCCUACAGAAUUUUACUGUCUUCAAGGCACCGUCUUGUUUGCAGCAGCAUCGCUCAGUAACUCCAGAUGCAAUUUCACUAAAGAUUUCUGUGAUCAUUAAACCAACAAAGGAAGUUCAGCAGUGCCAGUGCGGAAGCAGCUGUCUGCCAUCGCACGUAACCUCUGUACCUCAGCAUACCCAAAUGUGAAAAGGUUUUCUUCUAUCUAGUAAGUUUUAUGCAAAUCUCUCAAGAUUUUACAAGCUACCUACGGGGUAACCCACGCUAGGCUGCCUGUCAGAAAGGUGGAUGGGUAACAAACGUCACUGUGCGUUUCAGGUUUUUUUCAUUCAUAUCCGUUCAAAAAAAUUCCAAAAAUGUCUCAGUCUGUAUUUUCAAAAAUGAGAGUUUGUUGGGGGGCAAAAAAAAAAAAAAAUCACUAAUUAUUGCCUUUGCCCAUGUCCUGUGUGGAAGUGUGUUGUUGUUUCCAGGGAGCUGCCCGUCCAGGCAGGGCGAGGGGGCUGCAGAGAAUGUUUAUGGAGGUUUCAGAGAAACCUUGGAGUGGAAAUGUCCAUCUACUGCCCCGCAAGCAGGGCUGCAGCACUUGCUCUGCCAACAGCACCCUCUCCUCAAGGCUUUCUGGUGAAAAACUGCCCUGUUGAGGUGAACAAACGAGCUGAAGUUCAGCAGUUGGUCCCUCUUCACAUCGCAGCGAGUUUGUAUGUACAUAUACACACAAAGUGCCAUAACGCUGGGGGAUGCCUCUGUCUUGUCAUUAGGUCCUUUUUUAAAGCAGUGCAAGUUUGAGGGAAGGGAGAGGGUAGAUGACAAGCCAGUAAAUUAAUGUUCUUCACUGCAGGGUUUGUAAUUUCCUUUCUGCACUUCUGAAUUCCAGAACUGUCUGUAAAGGCCCGGGAAUGCCGACAGGCUGGGAUUAGAACUGUGAAGGACACUUGUAAAACCUGCUACGGAAUUAUGCUACUGGCAAUUAAAAACAUAGAUAACCUGGGAACUUUCCCUUAAAUUGGCAUCGCUGGAAGGCAGCGGAUGGUAUUUUUAAAUCUCUCAGGACGCCCUUGUAUGCUGUUCUUGACCGUAUCUCACCUGGUUUCCAGAGCAGGGUAACACUGAGUUAUCAGCGCUUUUUAAACUUGCCCCGUACCAAAACAAACGGCCGCUCGGGUGACUGCGCGCCCUUGUUCUGCACCACCUCCAGAUUCUCUAAAGCCAGCCCUUCAGCUUAGGGGAAGGCCUGGCUCUAAAACCAGGACCAGCCCCGCGCGGGGUGCCCCUGCCGUCGCCCCAAGUCCGCGGGGCGUUCAGGGUGGGGAUGGAGCGGCCGUGCCAUCGCCCCGGAACGGUGGCGCCUGUCCUGCCCCGCCGCUGUCGGUGGGGUGGCAGCACCCCAAGCCCGCGCUGAGGUGCUGUUCACAGGGGCCCUGCGCGGCAGAACUCAAGCCCGCGGCUCACACGGGGGCAACAGGUUUCUAAUACCUGAAAUAACAAAGGUGUUUCUUCUCUUUUAGGGCUAGAUCUCCUCUUUUCCCCCUGUAAACAAACUUGCUCUUUCUUUACCAAAUGCUGCAUAGGAAAGUACACAUUUUUUUUGCCUUUUUCCAAAAUUUGUAUUUAUCAGUGUCGUUCUGUCUGUACAAUAUUUUGACUUAAUCUUUUGUUUACAGUAUUACUAUAAAAUGCUAAAACCUUUUCAGUGUGCAAAGUUAUUUGGGCUUGGCUGACUGCUGGUUCUGUAAGGAGGAGAUCUUGGAAGAGGUUUCUGUGGUUGGUGCUGAGGCUGUGCCUGUCUCUGCGAUGGCUCCUCGCACGCUGUGACAGGACCCAAGCAAGGAAUCAAGUGCAAUAAUCAGCUGCAACUCCCCUCCAGCAGUUUGCUCAUAAAGAAACAAGCGGUGUUCAGGUUGAAAUUACUAAUUACGAAAC